AUGUCACCCCGAAAAGUCUGGUUUUCGACACCAUUGACAAGUGAAGAGCCGGACCCUACCUUGGCCGGUGAGUCCCUUGCCGGUGCUCUACGAAAGAAAGCCUUGGCAAAAUGGUGGGGUAAUUUUGUACCCAUAGACCAGUGGACACUGCUGAACGUCCGGCAUAAAUUUAAGGAUUUGCCAUUUCGAAAAUACGAUAUGACUCCGGAAACUCGGAUCGAUACUCCGGAUAGUCACUUGGGAGAUUCAACUCCUGACGUCUACGACCGCAACUUCGCCGGAGUGGAGGAGGCCAUUCAUGAACUCUCUGCGAUGUUUGAAGAUGAUUGGGUUAAGUCCCGAUCUCAACCUCCAUCGGUCGGAUCACCUCCAACGACCGAGUCAAUAGACGAGGUGGAGGAGCUGAUGGACUGUGAUGGUCCUUUGUAUGAUCUUGGGUGGGAUGGCAUUUCUGCUGUCUCACAGGAGGUCAGACCACCAUCCGAACAAGGUAUGGCUGCUUACAAUGGGCCAAUUUAUGAUCUCGGAUGGAGCGGAUUGAUGUAUCCGACUCUAUCUGCGAUUGAUCAUUCGGCUACACAUGUCCGAUCGCCAUCCUUGGACAGCACACGCGCUUUGGAUGGCAUCAAUCAAAGUCCUAUCUACAAUCUCGGUUGGACAUCGGACCCUAUACCGCCAUCGGUAGUAUCUGCGGAUGAGAUUGAAUACGGCCCUGUAUACGAUCUCGGAUGGUUGUGUACCGUGAUGUUGCCGGAGGAAGCCGAAGCCAUUGAUGACAACAACGACCUGGCGUAUGACCUCGGCUGGGCUGCGACAACGGAAGAGUCGCCGGCGGCAGACAACAAUGUUAUUGAUCUAACCAUAGAUGAGACACCCGAACCCUCUGCACGGCUCCCAAUGGAGGAAGAGGUUAUAGACUUGACCAAAGAAGAUUCCCCUGUUUAUGAUCUCAGAUGGGGAUCUAUGGCCGAUGGCAAAGAAACAGCAAAAUCUGGGUGUUCGUCACCCAUAAGGAUGGAUAUGGAUGUUCACAGUACAUCUCCGUCAAAUCAUGCGAGGGAGGCCGAGGACAAGAUCUUCCGGAUGAAUCGUCUCAUGAAGGUGAUUGGCAAUGACAUGACCGAUGAACAUGUCCAUGCAAUUGUUGAAAAUGCCGUCUACAGAUUGAAAGAUUCCCGCAUUCCUGAUCAAAUACUCUUCGACAACAGGCGCAUUUUUGGGAUGUUUGCCGACUCGCGAAACUGA